UUUCAGUUCGUCAUUAGAAUCCUCCGUCACUGAGCCCUUCCCUCUAGCUGCUCAGUGUUUAAAUAAGGAUUGUUCUCUGAUACUUCAGUACAGAGACAAGCCUGCAGUUUGUGGGAGCUGCAGGACUCAACACAGUCACACACCAACAUACAGCACAGCAUCACUGACAAGAGCAAGACUGUCACCCACUUAACAUAACCUUUGUGACAAAAAGGACUUGGUCAUUUUACAAUCAUCAAGGAAUAACUCCAGGCUUUGAUUGCUUUGAAGAAAUAUCUCAUCACAAUGUCUUCUCACAUGUCAUUGCUUCUGUGCAUCACACUCCUGUGCUCUUUAGGUAAGUCAUCGUAUUACCUAGUUAUAUUCAUUUAUGGAGAAUCUUUGCAUUUCUGCAGAUUAACAUCUUUUUAGGUAUAAAAAUUCGAGUACUAAUAGCAGCUGAUCAUUUAACCUCCUCCAUUAAAAUGUUCCAUAGAUUUUAGAAUGUUCAUCAAUUGAUAAAUGUCUUUUUUUUUUCUUACAUUUAACAAGGAUCACCAAUUUUAUUAAUAAAUAAAUAAAUUUGACAUAGAAUAAGGAAAGAUGGAGUUAUUCAUUUUACUCAGCUAUAGAGGAAACCAAUUUUUCUUUGAUCCAAAAUGUUACUAUUAUUUUUUUAAUUAUAUACUUUUAUGAAUUAUUAAUUACAUUAUUAUGUCCCCGAUGUCCCAUAUUUACUUGAAAAGAGCUACGAUGUGUUUUGAGCUGUGAGUAAAUUAUUAGGGGUAUACACCCAAGAUGCGCCUGUUUUCUUUGAAAUGCUAUUGUUUCUUAUAUACGGUGUAAAAAUAGAAAUAAAAGAGUAAUCUAGUUUUAAUACAGGAACACCCUAACCUUUGACGCUUGAUGGGAUUAUGUUUGUGCCUCAUGCUUUCAGAGUACACUGUGUAACAACACCCUUACUUGUGUCCUGUCUAUAUCAUUAGACUUUUAUUAUCUCAACUGGAGGUUUUAAAUAUACUUCUAAUAACUCCUUAACCUGCAAACAAUAUUCCAAGUUUUUUCAAAAAUAAUAUCAAUAAUUGUGCUUUUUUUUAGAACCCUGAGGUUAUUUACACUCUUUUAAGGAACAGUUUGCUAAUGAAUGAGUAAAAAUAAUUAUUACAUUGCAUAACUUUCCUUUGAAUAUUUUUGUAAAUGAAUAAACAUAUAUAUUUCCAGCUUUCCUCUUUCUGGUCUGAUGCAACAGAGAAAAUAUACCGGUACUUUCUACAAACAUUCAUGUAUACUGCACAAGAUUGAUUAAAGCUAUAUACAGACUAAUAUAGCUUUAAUCAAUUUUGCGCUGUAUACAAGAAUGUUUAUAGGAAGUAUAAUUUCUGUCUGUUGCUUGAGACCAGAAAGAGGAAAGCUGGAAAUGUGAAGUAAGAGGCCACUGAUAAGGAACAUGUGCCUACUUGUCUGGGACAUAAGCUGCUGAUGAGAGGAAUGUGUGUAUACUGAAAUGGUGGAAGGAAUGCUGACAAGUUUAUGAAUGAAUGGAUCCUUCAACAGUGUGUUUAGUUAUGGAUGGCACAUUUGUCUAGUGGCAUGACUAAUGUUUAUGUAUGCAGUCUUCCAGGACCAGUGACAUCCCUUAUUUAACUAUUUAACCUUCGGAUUAGGAUGUGCAAUGCUACAUGUUGCUUUUUGUUCUUAUAUCAGCAAUUGAUUUAGGGAUACCAUACUAUACCCUUUCCUUAAAGUCAUUCCUAGGUCAAAUCACACUAAGGCUAACAUUGCUGUCUACAGACUACAAAGCAAUGCUGUUAUAUUAAAAUGCUAGUGUUGAAUUAGAUUGAUGACAGUAGAAUGGUACUCAUUGGUAAAGUGUGUUCAUUUGCCAAAUAUAAUACACUUUGCCUUUAUUUCGUAGAUUGUCUCUGUAAGGAUUUAUUCACAAAAGCAAUUUGCAAGGUAUUACCUGGAUGCCUGUCAUGUUCAAGAUUUUGUUUUUUCAAAUCAUCUAUUUUAUACCACAGUUUAUUUACAAGUACAUAGCUACCCUUCAUGAGCCAUUGAAUUAUUGCGUAAUUCAGUAUGCUAAUUAUUAAACUCUUUGAUAUCUGCAGCAUGCCAGUACCAGGUGCAUUGUUCUGAAGCCAGCGCUACCUCAGUCCAAACCAACGCAACAUUACCUGAAGACAAUCCUGUCGCUAAUGGAACCGACAGCCUGCAUCAGCCAAACAAGGAUGAAGAAGAUGUUGAAGAAGAUGAUUAUGACCAGGAUAUUUCUGUAGGAUAUAUUAUAGAUGAUUCUAUUCGUGGUAAGUUAGGAGAAUACUUUUUUUUAUAUCUUCUAAAUAUAAUGUACUGAUACAUUUUUGACUGCCUGAAUAGCUCUUGUCAGGAAUCCAAGAUCAUUUUCAAAUUUAAGGCCACUAUAGUGAAACUGUAAACAAAAAUGGAAUCGGUUAUGCUUCCAAUUCAGGUACUUUGACCUAAACUGUGAAAUUCAAUUUGAAUUCACUUUAAAUAUCUGACAAAUGCCACUUAUUGUAACCUACUCAAUGUGUGAUUGUCGAUCCAGAUUAACCUACUGAUACGAUUUUUGUAACUUUGAUAAAAUUGAAUAAAAAUUUACAAAACAAAAAAAGAUGCCACUUUAGUGAUUAGCACUGUCAAAUGUGAUUAUAUGGGGAUAUAUAAUUUUCAGCUGGAAGAACUAUUCUAAUCUAUUACAAAUUCUACUAAAUUGCAGAAAAUGUCUCUCAGUUCCCUAGCUAUAAAAAAGUAAAGUGUGAAAUCGCUAUUGAAUUGUAUCAAUAGCAUUUAGCGUGUGAAAAAAAUUUAAUAUAUUAUAAAUCUGAUUCAGAAUCAUAAAUUUGUACUUGGAGCCCACAAACAGAAAAGAAAAUGCUAAAGAAUAUUUAUGCGCCAUAUCAAAUGAUCUAGGAUAAAUCUCACAUGAACUAUCUAGCAUUCUGUUAACAGGUGGCUAAAUAGCAUUUUGGUGUGUGUUCAAUAGGCAACAGUGUGUUAGCAUUUAGGUAAAUCGAACUGUACCAUAAGUGUAGUCACCAAAUUAGAACAUAAUGAUUCAGAUAAGAGAGAUAAUUGUUUGUGUCUGGGUUUUCAGACAACCAGACAAACAUAGAAAGAAGGAAAAAAGCCAAUACAUUUGGAAAAAAUAUACAUUGUUUAUGGCAUCCCACACGCAAUAUGUCUCAGAACCAUGCAGAGAUGAAAAGAGACUCAGAUUUGAGCUGUGUAUAAAGUAUUGUACAAUUAUGUUUUUACGGUCUGCCAACCCUUACCUAAUCUUGAAGAACUGUGUGGGUCUGAAAGCACAUUGCUGCCAAAAAUGAUUCAUUUCAUUCAAUAUGGUGAUCCUUAUUAUCAACAUUAAGACACUAUCUGUCAAAUAUAAGGUUGUUAUAUUCCAAUUCAUUUGAAUAAUGUAGAGCAGAUGAAGAGUUUUCAUAGCUAUUUCUCUAAAAUGUUCAUUUGUUCUUUUCAGGAUAGCUGCAUUUUCUAAUAUAUCUGCAUACUGAAUUCUGAAAAAUGUCUUUUAGGCAGAUUUUUUCACAUUCCAAUUAAUGGUUGCACCAGGCAUUCCAAUGCUUAGGACCAUGUUUCCAAAACCAAUUUAAAUACUAGUUUCACAUCUCUAUAUAACUUGGAUCUUUGAAGGUGUCUGAAGCCUGAUUUGGAAUCCAAUGGUUGUAUGAAUAAGAUGUUUUAGAUAAAAGAAGGCACUAUUAAAAUGAGGUCUUAUCUGUGGAAUUCUGUAAUGAUUAUAGUAAGCCGUAUCUUUUCAGCUAUUUUGUGAUGUUGCGCCUCACCUCGCUGAGUCACAUAUUUUAAUGAAACAUGCCAAACAUGCACACUUUUAUGAAUAGCAUACCCCUUCUCCCAACCCAUCCUUGAGGGCUUAUGUGUACUGAGUUAUAACCCAUCAUAUUGUGAGUAAAGGUGAACUUCCAAAAAGGAAAUGACUGAUUCAUCUUCAACUAGCCAUAGACAAAAUAGGGUUAACUGUCUUAAAAGUUUAACUUAGUGAAGGGACUGUCUUAAUAUCUUUAAUGUGCAAGAUCUCUUAAUGUGCAAGAUCUCUUAAUGUGCAAGUUCUUCGUUACAAUAUUCAAAGUAUGUCCAUUAAUCAUUAAGGGCUGUGGUAUGUAGUUUAAAUACUAUGCCGACUUACUCAGUGACAAACAUUCCAUACUCUGAAUUAAUGUUUAAUUUUGCCAUACACCAUCACAUAACCUGUUAUGAUGUGUAACUUGCUGUGAUAUUUGACAGGCAGUAGUUGCAUUACAGGAAAUUGUUUGUUAAUAUUUCAAUGGCAUUUUUGUUGCUUGAAUGGCUUUUACAAUGUCAUACCUUAGUAAACAUCUCAAAUAUUCUUUGAAUGUUUCAGAAAUAUGGGGGUCACUAAAACGUCACUUUUGGUGUUUAAUGUAGCUUUACAUUUAUCUACCGGUUAUCAUAAUUAACUGAAAAUGUAUAUAAAACAUGUUGAGCAUUAACAUUUAUUGUUUUUUCUCUUCAAUCAGUACAACCAGUAGUCAAGCCAGAAAACACAACUAAAAAAAAUGAAAAGAAAAAUGGAGAAAAGAAAGCAAAAAAGGCCAAAAAUGACAAGAAAAAGAAGAAGAAUCCAUGCCUAACCACACAUAAAGACUUCUGCAUUCAUGGUCAAUGUAAAUACCUUUCCAGUAUUAAAGAGGUUACAUGCAGGUGAGUUUCCCUGGAACAAAAUGGAUGAUUUAAAGGCCAAUGUGUAUCUAUUGUAUGUUUGUGAGUUUGGUAUUAUUUAUAAGAAUUAUGAUGAGAAGGUGAACUUUUUUUUUAAAUUGUAGUGUUUAUAUCUCUGCUAUAGAAAUGGUUACCUCGUUAAUUUUACAUUAAACCAAACUGUUAAAGAGUCAGGUGCUAGAUAGGCUGCUUUCUUGAACUUUGAUAUUUGCCAAAUAGCAGCUGGGAAAGUAUAUGAUUUAGUCAUGUAACAAUGUACAGACACUAUUUAGUAAGUAACCCCCUUCACUGCAGUAACUUGAUAACUUGAAAAAAAGGCUUAACUAAAUUACCAUAGGUCCAUAUAUUUGACCUUCAUAUGAAUAAUGUGGGAGUAUUACACAUCCCUCUGUCAUUCAAAGGGUUUAGUUGCCCACAUAAUAAUUAUUAAAAGAAUUAACUCAUAUUCCAUCUGAGCUACUAAUAAUGGGAAUAGAAGAUCCCAACUCAGUAUAAUAUUUCCAUUAUAACAAACAGUAAAAACUGGUAUUUUAUUUUAAUAAAAGAACUACCUUGUAAGUGUGAGGUGAAUAAGCACGUCUCAGAUCAUUGAAUUUCAAGGCAGCCGGUGUAUAAAAAGAGUCACACAGUACUUUUCCUGGAAUGUGAUACUUAGAUGAUGUCAAAUUACAUUCCAAGGAUGACAAGUCUCUAUCUCGAACUGCGCUGCCCAUUUGUGAAGUUCUAUUUUAGGCCUAGCUUUGUCAGGACAUUUUGACAUGACCACAUUAGUAACAAGAACGGGUAAUUUUGAUAAUUAAUCUGCAUUUAUUUGGACUUUUGCCAGAUGUCAGAAAGACUAUUCAGGAGAGAGAUGCAGUACAUUAAGUACACUUUCCAUGAAAACACAUACGAGUGAACUUGGAGAUGUAUCAACAGUAGCUUUGGCUGUUGCAGCAGUUCUUCUGUCAACGAUCAGCCUUGUUGCAAUUAUUAUCAUCAUUGUUAUACAGUAAGUAUUUUAUAUAUAUUUUUUUAAUAUUUUGUGCUACCAUUUUCCAUCAUUUAAAAAAUUUAAAAUUAAAUUUAAAAGAUAAAUUUUACAUAGACUUGGUGGUAGUUUUCUAUCUUUUGCUAAACCAUACCUGGCCGUGACCUUUAACCCUUUGUUAAAAUUAAUGGAGACACAAUAUUUCAAGUUUGUUGUAAACGGUAAACUUACUAUUUAUUGGAUAAACUCCUAAAACAGACAACUGUAUUGUUUAAAUAUAUACUAUGCAGUCUUAUUUUUAGCACUGACCUUAUAAUAAUUAGAUUUGUACACAAUGCAAAAAGGUUGAUUUAUUGACCUUAUGUGUGACUGCAGUCUGACUAUGCAUGUGCAUAAAAUAAUAAAGGAUUCACGAUAAGUGUGGAUGAGAAAUACUCAACCAUAUAUUGUACAUGUUUUACUAGAGUUAUAUAACAUCAUUUUAGAAUCUCUUUGUUGAAAAUGUUAGCAGCAUAUGCCAGAUGUUCAAAUAAAAUGUAACAUUUCUGAAUUAUUUUUCUUUAAAGCACCCGUAGGAAGUAUUCUACUUAUGACUGCGAAGCGGAAGAAAAAAAGAAAUUAGGUCAAGAAAAUGGAAGUGAAGAAAUUGACGUAUGAAAGCAUUUGUAAGUAUAUAUGAAAGGGAAUUUAUUUUAUCAAUAACAAUAAUUGAAAUGUUGUGCCUCGCAGUAUCUGGUUUUCCAAUUGAAAGCGAGUUGAACACGUGGGGAAACCUAGAGUGAGGGUAGGACGGUGCCAGCUAAAGAGUUACUUUAGCAAAUUCUAACAUUUACAGCACAAUAUAAAGAGCAAACCUAGUAUAUAUACAAUAAAUUCAGAAGGAUGGAUUUUUUUUCUCCCUGCCAAUGAGUAAAGCCAACUCAACCUCUCAGAAGAAGAAUUUUUGUCUACGCUACUGCAAUAAAUUGCAUUUCAUCUUUAGAGAGAGCUGAUGUGGCAGCAUUUACAAUUAUGGGAAUGGAUGUGACAGUUAUGCAUUUACGUAUUCCAUAUGCCAGUGAACUCAGCUAUACUACAAUUUAGAGUCCAGAUUUAAGCCAUCUGUAAAACACUUCUAUUGAUUCAAUACAGAGAGUUUUCAUAAACACUUAUACAUAUAUAUGUGCAGUUUACAGUUCCAUUGUAAAUACAGCUCCAAUGUUUAUAUCUAAACAUUUUUAUUUUGUUGGGGAGAGGGAGGUGGGAUACAUCAAUGUGGAGCAUCCUGCUUUAUGGUUAAACUACUCAAAACAUCUAGAUCAGUCCUUCUUAUUACAUUUGCUGAUUACUUAGAUUUCAAAACAUAUUUUUGAACAUUCCAUGUUUUCUUUUUUUUUAAUGUUUUUUUUUUGUUUUUUUAUAUUUGACAUAGAAGUCUAACAAAUGUAUUUAGGUGUAGCAGACAAAGUGAAGUAUGCUUUAACAUACUGAUAACCUGUGCAAAUGUUUCCUUUUUUUAAACAGAACUAUGUAAAAAAAAGAAAAAAAGUGAAUAUGCACUGCCGUGGUGAGCUGGAAAAAAAAGACUUUAUUAUCUCAUCUACAUUCUUGUCAAAACGACAAAACAUUAUUUAUAUUUAAAUGGCACAGACUUCUCCUGCAUUCUGAAAAAGAAACAAGGCUUUUCUGGGAGUACCAGGCUAUUUGUUGCCAACAAGUCAAGAUCUCACCAUACAAAGGAGAUUUUUCUGAAGUAAAAUGUUGAUGUGCAAAAUAUAUCUAUUUUUUUAUAAAUUAAAAAAAAAACAUAUUUAUUUUUUAUUUAAAAUAUUUAAUGUAUUGUAAAUAUGUGUUUAAUAUCUGAC